AUGUCGACCGCGGCAGAAGAUCAGGAGAACGAAAUUGAAGUGCUGGCGUCAAUAUACGAGGAGAACUUUCAGCGCAAGUCCUCCUCUCCACCUUACGCCUUUGAAAUCCACUUGAGAGGACAUGCACCGGAAGCUGGAAUUUCUUGUUCCCUGUACUUCAGGUAUUCCAAAAACUAUCCCAAUGAGGCACCAAUCUUCGAAGUCCGACGCCCAGAGGGCUUGACCGAAAAUGAGACUUCGGAAAUUGUAAUGCUCAUCUCAGAUAUUAUUCAACGGUCGCUCGGUGGCAUCAUGAUUUUCGAUCUUGUUUCUGAGGCCGCUAAAGCACUGAGUCUAGCAGAGGAAGAAAGAAGUUUUCACGGCACACGUGUCACUGUUGAAUCCUUCAAUGAGUGGAACAAACGCUUUCUUGCCGAGGUCCGAGAGAAGCGAGCCCUUCAAGAGAAAAAAGCUGCUGCCCAGGGCGUAGUUAAACGUCUGACUGGCAAAGAGAUGUUUCUCAGGGAUGACAAAUUCGACGAGUCUGACCUCACCUUUCUGGAAGCUGAGGGUGGCGAGAUCGUGGAAGUUGAUGAACGCUUGUUUGUUGACAUAGAUGAUGUUGACUUUGACGAGGAUGAGGACGUAGACCCCACUGUUAUUGCCACUUGA